AUGGUCAAGAUCAUCUCAAUUCUGCUCAUCAUCUGCUUUGUUGACGUGAGAGCUCAGUUUUUUGAUUUCCUAUCUGCGUUUCAACCACCGACGCUAAGGCCUAUCUUCGAACCAACAAAACCACCUAGAACCACGAGGUUCCACGACCCAAAUAGAUCACAGAACGCAAGCUGGAAGUUAGGUCAAACUUCAGAAGUCACAACCGCGAAAACAAUACGAAAAACACCAAAAAAUAAUCGACGUAGCCAAAAUAAGACCAAAAAAAUUAAAGAGAAUUAUGCCCCAGACAAAAUAUCUUUCGACGACGGUUACAACACUAUAAUUAAUUAUGACUCGGUCAAACACACCACGGUCAACCCGUUUGCACGACCGGGAGUCAAACCCGCGAUAGUCAAUGGUCCGCCUAUAACGAAUAGGCCGGUGACCAAGUCGUUUGUUCCUAGACCAAUAGCAGGACUCCAGCCUCAAGAUGAUAGUACAUUGACCCCCGAAUUAAUCGUGGGACCGGACGAAGAUUAUAUGUCGAUAGUGGAAAGGAGGCGUUUUAUGGAAUUUACGGAAAAAAAAUGUGAGCAGUACGUAUCAUUGGACACUGUUCGUGUUGAAGCCAUACCCCUCGUACCAUCACCUCGUCCGGUUGUCGUUAACGUGUCAUCUUGUGCUCGCUCCGUGCCUCUCGUGGUAGGAGGGAGCGUCGUCACGAUACAGCAAUUCCCACACAUGGCGUUGUUAGGUUGGACCAAAAUGCGGUCUGGUGGCUACUUGUGGAAAUGUGGUGGUUCACUCGUGAGUGAGAGGUAUGUGCUCACGGCGGCCCACUGCGCCUAUCAAGACAAAGACGACAGCGUUGUGAGCGGUCCACCAAGAGCGGUUCAGCUCGGCUCCUCACGUCGGGAUGAUCCCGGUGCCAUAGUAAUCCGCGUGUCAUCUGUAAUAAGACAUCCCAAGUAUAGACCUCCGCAGUCAUACUACGAUAUAGCCAUUGUAAAAAUGAUGAAAAAUGUCAAAUUCUCAGCCGUAAUAAAGCCAGCCUGUUUGGGAGUACCACCAGCUGCCGGGAAACAUAUCAUCGCUACUGGCUGGGGAAAGACAGAGUUUGGUGGAGAUGAAUCCGAACUGCUAAGAGGUGUUUCACUGCCAGUGUGGAGUUUGGAGGAGUGUGCGUCAGUUUUGGGAGAAUCGAGAAAAUUACCGCGAGGACCUGACCGCAGUCAGACAUGCGCUGGAGAUAGAAGAGGGGGAAAGGAUACGUGCCAGGGUGAUUCUGGCGGGCCGGCUCAGCUGCGUGAAGGUUGUUCGUGGAGGGUAGUCGCUGUUACAUCAACAGGCAGAGCGUGCGGCGCGAUCGAUACACCCGCUAUAUACGCAAACGUACAAAUACCAUUCAUAGCCAAAGUCAUCUUCGGCGAUGAGAUCAGGAAUGAAGGGAAUUUGAAUACGGAUCAAGAAAAUCAGUGGAACAGUGGCUAUAGUGGUGAAAAUGGACAAAAUAAGGAUAAUAAACAGAAUAAUAGUGCUCAAAAUAAUAAUCGACCAAAUGUUGAUCGUGUACAAAAUGAUUAUAACCGGCCAAGUGUUGACCGUGUACAAAAUAAUUACAAUCGACCAAGUGUUGAUAGUGUACAAAAUAAUUACAAUCGACCAAGUGGUGACCGUGUACAAAAUGAUUAUAACCGCCCAAGUGGUGACCGUGUACAAAAUGAUUAUAACAGGCCAAGUGCUGACCGUUUACAAAAUAAUUACAAUCGACCAAGUGUAGACCGUGUACAAAAUGAUUACAAUCGACCAAGUGUUGAUAGUGUACAAAAUGAUUAUAACCAGCCAAGUGCUGACCGUGUACAAAAUAAUUACAAUCGACCAAGUGUAGACCGUGUACAAAAUGAUUAUAACCGGCCAAGUGGUGACCGUGUACAAAAUGAUUAUAACCGGCCAAGUGGUGACCGUGUACAAAAUGAUUAUAACCGGCCAAGUGGUGACCGUGUACAAAAUGAUUAUAACAGACCAAGUGGUGACCGUGUACAAAAUAAUUACAAUCGGCCAAGUGUUGAUCGUGUACAAAAUGAUUAUAACCGCCCAAGUGGUGACCGUGUACAAAAUAAUUAUAACCGGCCAAGCGUUGACAAUGUACAAAAUAACUACAACCGACAAAAUAACCAAUGGUAUCAACAACCAACCAGCAACCCGUUAAAUAAUGAUAAUUACCAAAAUCCAGUUUACAGAGGAGAUGACACCGAAGAUUCAACGAUUGGUCCUCAUUAUUACUUCGAGGAUAGUGUGAAUAGACCUUAUAUAGGUAACAUAUGGCAGACUUGA